AUGGCCGACUUCCAAGCAAAAUCCGAUGUUUUCUUGAACUGGUUCAACGCUCAACCCGGAGCUACAUUCGACUCUCGCCUCCAACUAACUGAUCUGAGAGAUCGAGGAGCAGGACGCGGUAUCAUUGCCACCUCCGACAUACCUGCCGAAACAGACCUCUUCACAAUCCCCAGNAAAAGCGUCAUCAGUGUCGAGAACUCGAACCUAUCAAAGAAGCUACCGAGAAUUUUUACCGGCUUGAAAAAUCUGGACGCUGAUGGUGAUGAUGGUAUGGCUGAUGGAGAUGACGAUGAGGAGGAAUUGAACAUGCCUGAUCCUUGGCUGGAUCUUAUCAUGGUUAUGGUGUAUGAGUAUUUGCAGGGUGAGAACUCUGCCUGGAAGACUUAUUUCGAAGUUUUGCCUCAUACUUUUGAUACUUUGAUGUUCUGGGGUCAGAGCGAGCUUAAUGAGUUGCAAGCUAGUGCAGUCAAGGAUAAGGUUGGCAAGGAGUCCGCUGAUGAGAUGUUCAAGACGAAGGUUUUGCCUGUUGUCAAGGCCCAUGAGGAUAUCUUCUACGCUAGUGGUGCUCACAAGCUCUCUGACGAGCAGAUUGUCGAGCUUGCACACCGCAUGGGCAGUAUCAUCAUGGCCUACGCUUUCGACUUGGAGAACAACGAGGAAGAGGAAGACGACGAGCAAGAAGGCUGGGUUCAGGAUCUGGAGGGCACACAAGCAAUGGGUAUGGUACCCAUGGCUGACAUGCUCAACGCCGAUGCAGAGUUCAACGCGCAUCUCAACCACGGCGAGGAUUCCUUGACAAUGACCUCGUUGAGAGAGAUCAAGGCUGGAGAAGAAGUUCUCAACUACUACGGUCCACUACCAAACUGUGAUCUCCUACGCCGCUAUGGCUACACUUCGGCCAAGCACUCGAGAUACGAUGUAGUGGAAGUGCCGUGGGACAUCAUCGCUAGCACCAUCGACAAGAGAUUCACUGGCAAGAAGGGCGAAUUGGACGAGGAGGAGAUGGAAGAGGGCUUUGUGCUCGAACGCGACUCUGGCGAGCCCGACGACACUGGCAUCAAUAGUCACCCAGCCAAAUUCGUCGGUUUCCCCGAAGAGCUCGAGGAGCAGGUUUGUCAAGUCAUCGGCCCAGCUAUGAGCAUCGAUGUAAACCGCGGACCCAACAAGGCACAGCGCAAACAGCUCAAACUGGCAUACUACGAGAUCAUGGAUGCAGUGAUUCCAGCAAGACUGGCACAAUACGGCACUACCAUUGAACAAGAUGAACAACUGCUCAAGAACCCUGAUCUCGAAGGACGUCACAGAAUGGCUGUGUUCGUCCGCCUUGGAGAGAAGAAACUGUUGAAGGAGGCCAAGGAGUUCAUCCCCGCCCAACUGGAGAAAUACAAGCCUGCACAAGAGGAGGAAGAGGGACGCAGUGCUAAAAAGACAAAAAAGGUAGAAUUGUUACAUCAGUCUUUUGGCGUGUGA